CAAUGCAGAUAGGCUGAAGCUUUUGAAACAGACACUUCCUCAUGUUAGUCAUUUCUGAAUGAUGAUGGCUGUGAACAGAGAAAAAAGAAAAAUGCCACUUGGUUUUGUGAAGAUCAAUGAGUUUAACAAGGAGAACUUGAAAACCUGUGGACUGCAGUUAAUUUGUCAUGUAUGGCAAGAAUUUAAAAAAGAGCAAAACCAUCUGAGAGCUCAUGUUAAUGAGAUUCUCCACAGCAUCUUCUUUUUAGGGAUCAUUCAUAAGGACAGUCUCACUCCCGAAGACAUUUUAUCUCCAGAGAUGGCUGAGACUGUAAGACGAGAAUUUCCAGAGCCAUUUAAGAAAUACAAGAGUCACCUACCUAAGCGGACGCCUUUCUCAAUACUGUUAGAAAUGAUGCAGCUUACAUAUGGCACAAAAGACAGAGUGCUGCCUGAGCUUUGCAGUCUCAUGAAAAAGCUGAAAUUCCCGUAUCCUCUGGGCAGACCAGCAAACAAAAACCAGAGCUACUACACACUGGAGUCCACCGUCAUUUGCGUGUGCUCCAAUAGCCAACGCGCAUCAGAUGAAUAUUUCGGUGCUUCUCUGGGUUGCAGGACAGAAAAGGCCAAAAGUGUUAUGAUAUAUUCCUCAUGUGUAAAUACGUGGCAUGAGUAUGUGUCGUAUGCAGUAAUGUCAUUCCAACAGCAACAGGGUGACAGUUUAAGAUUUCACGAGUCUAUGCAAUGCCAGGCAUACCUCAGGGACUGGAAAGAAAACACUUACAAGGAAAGACAGCCAUGUAUGAACUGUACACAGCUUUUCAGUCUGUCAGAAGGUACAGAGCAGGAACAUUAUCCUUAUGGCAACUGUGCAGAGACAGAGUGCUUGAGCAAACUCCUGUUUAAAGAUCAGUUCAUGCGAGACAAUAUCAUAAUCAGAAAUUAUACUCCUGAAAAAAUGAAUGUGCUAAAAGACUGUACCAGGGAACGCUUGCAAAAGGUGCUUGCUUCAAUACCUUCUCUCUACAAUGUGAUUAACAAUGACCUUCUAUGUUUUAACCUGCACUCUUAAAAAUAAAGUCCCCAGUUAGAGCCAAAGGGGUCUCGCAUCCUGAUUCCAUCUUUUCCACAAGUGACAUUUUAUUCUCUAGCUCCAAAGCCUUAUAACCAACU